CUCGCAGUGCCUGAAGAUACACAUAUAUACCUGUUGUGACGGUUUCUAGAGAAGUCGUCAAAAAAUGGCGGUGGAGAGUUUCGGUGACAUACACGCGCUUCCGGAGGACUGCAUAGCCAACGCCCUAUCGCUCACGAGCCCUAAGGACGCCUGCCGGCUGUCGGCGGUCGCCUCCACGUUCCGCUCCGCCUCCCAAUCCGACGUCGUUUGGGGUCGGUUCCUGCCGUCCGAUUAUCGUGAUCUGAUAGCCGGUGCCGUCGACGGCCCUGAUGCCCUGCUUUCUAAAUUCCGUUCUAAAAAGGACCUGUAUCUGCACCUGUGUGAUAAUCCGAUUCUCAUCGAUGGCGGCCGCAAGAGCUUUUCAUUAGAGAAACACAGUGGAAAGAAAUGCUACAUGAUAGCAGCAAGAGAUCUCUACAUUGUUUGGAGCGAUACUCCUCAAUAUUGGCAAUGGGUCUAUCUUCCCGAGUCUAGCGCUCAUGGAUUCGAAAACCACCCGGCCGAGGCUUUUGUUGGGUUGACCGGUCAAGCGAGUCAAAGGUGCAGAGUGUUUAUAGAUCCAGACGGGGCCCACAGGGAGAGGCGCCAAAUCGUGCCCCGAAACCUUGGGUCGGCUUAUCGUAGGCUGCCUCGUUUGGUGAGAGAACAGAUGGUGGAGAGUGCAUCUGCCGAGACUGUUGAUACGAAGCGCCCAAAAACGAGGGGUGAUGGGUGGAUGGAAGUUGAGUUGGGAGAGUAUUUUGUCGAGGGAGGAGAAGGUGGUGAUUUGGAGUUUGGUGUGAUGGAGGUGAAGCACGGUAACUGGAAAAAGGGCUUCGUCUUUCAGGGGAUUGAGGUCAGGCCGAAAGGCGUUUUCGGUGACAUUCACGCGCUUCCGGAGGGCUGCAUAGCCAACGUCCUCUCGCUCACGAGCCCUAAGGACGCCUGCCGGCUGUCAGCCGUCGCCUCCACGUUCGGCUCCGCCUCCCAAUCCGACGUCGUUUGGUGUCGGUUCCUGCCGUCCAAUUAUUGCGAUCUGAUACCCGGCGCCGUCGACGACCCCGAUGCCCUGCUUUCUCAAUUCCGUUCUAAAAAGGACCUGUAUCUGUACCUGUGUGAUAAUCCGAUUCUCAUCGAUGGCGGCCGCAAGAUACGAGGCAAAAUUAGUACCAAGAUGCUUUCGCCCGGCACAUGCUACGUGGCAUACGUAGUUUUCACCCUCAAAUCGAACGCUGAUGGAUUCAAAAACAACCCGACCGAGGCUUUUGUGGAGUUGACCGGUCAUGCGAGUCAAAGGCACUGCGUGUUUAUAGAUUCGGACGAGAUGGUGGAGAUUGCAUCUGCGGAGACUGCUGAUGAUACCAAGCACCCGAAACCGAGGGGUGAUGGGUGGAUGGAAUUAGAGUGGGAGAGUAUUUUGUCGAGGGAGGAGAAGAUGCUGAUCUAG